CCAAGCCGAUCUCACAGCUUCCCCACUGUGAUCUAUGCAGUCCAGUUGCAUGCGAAAUCAUUUCACACUUGAAUACCACCUGUCACCGGCGUCAGUUCCCUUGCAGUGCUGGGUGCCGCGUUGAUCACGACUCAUGCCAAUAACGACGACAGGACUCCAUACCUGGCGCGCUGCGAAGCGGGUUUGGACUGAUGCCGACGCGAUUGAGAUCGCUAGUAUCCGCUUUCGAGAACCGCCGGAUGCCAUUUGUGGCUGCUGGGAGCUGCCGGCGCGCGGCACGUCAUCAGUUCAGUAUUCAAUCCGCGAGCGACACAGAUAUUCUUUCACUGGCGAGGUUCCUGGGUUCCUGUCAGGUGGGAUAUGGAGAGACUACUCGACAGACUACCGGCGCUCAAUCUCGCCGGACUCGAGGUUCCAGUCUGUAUAAAUUCUUUGUGAACAGAAGAACUCAACACCAGUUCUCCACUGCGACAUACAAACAGCUUCAACCAGUCCAUCUUCUGCAACAAUGUCUCAACAAAUCGCUGCCGCUGCUGUCCCUCCUCUCACCACCUGGGAUGAUCUCCAGGCGCUCGGCUGGGACAAGGCGGCCGUCUACAGCGCCGUCAGCGCCCUGCGUCCGGACACGAUGACCAGCGACGACCAGCUGCACCUGAACGACAGCUUCACGACCACCAUGAAGCCUCCCAUCUCGUCGCACAACACUACGAUGGCGGCCAAGGGAACGCUGGACCCGUCUCGCACCGAGGUCACCAAGGCGAUCGGCAAGAAAUUCAGCAUCUUUGAAUCGUCGGUCCCUGGUCACGAGCAUUUCACCAAGGCGUGGAACAACAUCCUCGACUUGUCGAUCGACAUCAGCCUCCCUGCGCUGAUCAGCGUCAACAACCCGAUCCAGUUCUCGAACAUCGCCGGGAAAGUGAGCUUGGUCAUCGCGGCGAACGCGACGGUGCCCACCACGAAGCAAUAUCUGUACCCGCAGAGCAAGGACUUUGACUUUGACAUUGCGGCCAACGAGCGCGUGAAGAUCAUCGGCACGCCCCUGUUCGUGACCACUACCGAGGUUUACAAACUCAACUACGGCUUGAUGAGUGACAGUCAAUUAGGCACCGAGGGUGACAACUUCCAAGGACUCGUCAACAUCCCGUACGUCAUCAACCAGGUCCUCCUGAGCGAGGGCAAGAAGUACGGCCCCACCGGCACGAUGGAGCUCACCGUCGUCUACAAGACCACGACGCUCAAGAUCGACUUCAUCCGCGACACGACCGUCGUUCUCGGAGACUGGGACGAAGUUGUCAACGGGCAGAGCAUCGCGUUCAGCGACGAGAUCGACGUGGACAGCACCGACGACUUCCUUUGAGGAGGAGUGUCUUAUGGCGGAUCAACGUUCUCGCCGAUUAUGCUAUCUAUUUCUGCUCUGAUUCGUCGUAUUUAUGCUAUGACUGGCAGUCAAUCAAUAUGUACUUCCAGAGAGUGAACCGUGGGAAUGUUCGACAGAUGGUUGUAUGCCCUUAUUUUUGAGGCCAUCGGCGCCGUUCUCCGGCGCUUGCGCCGUGAUAUCGGGCUCUCGUUUUUCAACAUCCCCUGCGUAGUCUGUAAGUCAUGUGGCUUCAUAUAUCAAUUGCUGACCGUCGG